UAUUAAAGGUAUUAAUGACUACAAAAAAGGAAGAUGAACUUAACUAUAUGCUAAGAAAUGAUUCAAGUUUAGCAAAUGAUAUAUCAGAGAAUGGAGUUGGAUACAGAUUAUUAGAUGAUCCACAGUCUUUUCCACCUCAAAUUCCACCUAGACAUAACAACUACAGUUCAACCAUUGGAAUGCAAUCACCAUAUGCAUUAGGAUAUAAUAGUGGAAUGUAUAAUGGUUAUGGUGGAAUGUAUAAUCCAAUGACAGCAUACAGUUAUCGUGGAAAUAUUGCAGGAGAUGGCUCAGUAUUAAAUGGAGUUGAAAAUGUAACUCGUAAUGCUUUUCAAUCAGUGGAAUCUGUUGUUCAGGCUUUUAGUUCAGUUAGCAUGAUGCUAGAGUCAACUCUUUUUGCUGCUCAAAACUCAAUAAGAGCUAUUGCUAGUGUUGCUGACCAAAUUAGUGGUCUACGAGAACAUCUAUUUAACAGCGCUUAUUCUUUUAUAAGAACAAUAAAUACUUUGCUACGCAAGCUGCUAGUUACAGUUAGACUUCAAAAAGGACUUACUCCAGAAGAAAUAUGGGAUCAAAAUGCAGCAAUAUCUUCAUCUGAGACAAUUGGAACCAAACACUGGCCUCUUCUAAUUUUUUUUGGUAUUAUGUUAGGCGGACCUUGGUUGCUUUGGAAAUUUUUACAAAAUUUGUCUAGCUGUGAUAAUGUUGAUGAUUGGCAAAAAGGUGUUGGUGAACAUUUUUUGGCUGAAGCAAAGUAUAACUUUCAAGCUGGAAAUAGAGAUGAACUAUCUUUUCGUAAAGGAGAUAUAAUAAGAAUUGCGCCUAAAGCUUGUCAACCACAUGUAAGAGGAUGGCUACUGGCCUCAAUUGAUAAAAAGAAAGGUCUUAUACCCGCUAAUUAUGUACAGAUAAAAGGAAAACUGCCGAGUCAACCUAAAACAUUUACAGAAUGCGAUGCAAUAAAAACGACGAAAUAAAUAUUUCAAUCGAAAGAAAAUUUAGUGUUGCAAAUUUUGAGCUAUUUAAAUAAUGUAAACUAUUUCUGUUUUUUUUUUAUAGGAGUACUAGAUUUUUUUUUUAAAUUAUAUUGUAUUUAAGAAAAGAGCAUUAAUUCACUUAAGGUGGAAAACCCCUGAAAGUAUUUUUUUGAGUAAAUAUCAAUAUUUUAUAAAUUUAACUUCAUAUAGAUAAAGUAAAUAACAAAAUUAACUGAAAAAGACAACAAUUUUUUUUUUAAUUUUUGUAACAAUUGUUUUAAAUGUUUUGUAACAACAAUUUUGUAAAAUGGCACCUGUAGCUGGUGCCAAAAACACCGAAAAUUUGAAAGACCCCCGGCCAACGUAUCUAAAUAUGUACACAAUUGUAACAAAAAUUUUUGUGCAUACUUGUUCUUAUA